UCCUCAUCCAGUCUGUCCAGAGGGAAACUGCUCCUCCACUGCUUCCUGCAGGGACUCAAAGCCGGACUGAGCGAAGGCACAGAUGCCCGACAUCAGGUGGCGAUGCAGCUCCUCCACUCUGAGUGGGAAUACGUGUCGACCUUGAACCAGCUGUACGACAAGUACAAGACGCCGCCGGCUCGCCAGAUGAGCGUGGAGCCGUAUCAGACAUACGUGAACUUCGUGGAGCAGCUGUUGCAGAGACACCUCCUCUUCAGAAACACUCUGCAGGAGCGUUUAUCAGCCGAACACUGGAAGUCUCUGGUGGGAGACAUACUGGUGCAGCUUAUUGGCCAGAAUGAUACAGCUUUUUCUGACAUGUACCUGGGAUACACGACCACACUGGCGUCCUUCCUGUCGCUGGAGUUCAGCAGACUGAACCAUCCUGAGAAGAGCCACAGCACACAGAGCGGUCAGAUGGAGCGGGAGGAGAUGAAGCUGCUCUCGCUGCUGCUGGCGCCCGUCGCUCGCAUCCACAGCUACCUGAGUCACAUCCAGAGCCUGCUGCAGUGGACGGGCAAAGAGCAUCCGGACUGCAGCCUCCUGCUGGGAACCGAGCGAGCGCUGAGGAGCGUCCUGUCUCGCUGUCACGUCGUCCUGGAGGAGGACGUCCGAUGGGAGGACGGAGACGGGGCCGCACAAAGGUCAGGGGGUUGCACUGAUGCUGCGGUCGGUGCAUCUUCUGCAAACUGCUGCAGGAGGAGUCAGCAGACCAGAGAGGAAUCCACCGCCGCUGGCCAGAGAGGCCUGGUGAACGGGGUGGACGGCUGCGCCUCCAUGCGCCUGGAGUGCUGGUCCUGCAGCCCCGUCAGGAGGCAGCGAGCCCCGACGGGCCCCGCGGCCCCCGGGUGUGGUCACGCGUACUGCUCCUCCCUCCUCCUCGCCCCGGACGCCGCGGGAUGGGGGGAGACCAGCGACUCGGGUCAGGGCACCUACAGUCAGCCCACCGGGAAGGGCCCCGACGGGCCCGAGGCCCCCCACGCCAACCACAACCACGAGGACUGCGAGACGGACCCCGACGACACCUCGGCCUUCGACUACUCCUCCAUCACCUCCUGCAGCCCCGACGGCGCCCUGCGGAGGGAGGGGGAGGACGAGGAGGAGGAGGACAGCCAGGUGCCGGUGCUGCUGAAGCCGUCCUGCAGCCAGCAGCAGCAGCAGCAGCAGACCCCCGCCGACACCCCCAGAGAGCGGACUGUGUGUCUGAGGUGGCAGAUUCCCAGGUUGACCCCUCACCCCCCCCUCAGGAGCCCCGCGGGGCCGCACGCAGACGGAGCCACGCCGUGUCUCGUGGGCUCCUACGGGAAGAGGCUGGUCAGCGUGAGGAAGGGAUCCCCUCCUCUGCAUCCGAAAAGUGCCUUCAGGCCCAUCUGGGACGACCCGUCCAAACAGGCUCCGGAGAAGGACAACAGACAAGGUUUCAUCCCGAUUCAAGCCGCAGGCAGACAGAACUACCAGAACUUCAAGCCCAGCAGAGAAAAUCUGAGGCCGGGCCUCCCUCAGAGAGGAAACCCCACAGCGGCUCUGAACAGUGGAGGACUGUGGGACGACAGCGAGGACAGCGAGGGGCCCUGCAGCACGGUUUAACCUCCAAACCUGAGCGCAC